AUGGCGUCGAUGGAGGAGUCCUCUUCAUGGAUGAUCGAACAGGCAAAGGAGGAGCUGCAGAUUCUUGAAGCCCAACAUCCAAAUCGAUUUGAGUUUCUAAAGAUGGAACUCAGGAACUUCAUCUAUGGAGAAACUGAUAUAUCGUCUUCCCCAUAUUUCCAUAACAGUGUUCUUUUGUAUGAAAAGGACUUCACUUCCACGCCUAACUCCUCUGCAACCACACAAGGCACAUUGGCUGCAUCUACAGCCCAACGAGCUCUGUUCCAUGGGUUCAGGCAGGGAUUGGCUAUGGACCAUGAUGCAGGUAAUGUAGGAGGAAAAGAUGAGGCUUCAGUUGCAUCUGUCCGGGAAGUUUCAGAAGUGGCUGCUGUUCCCAAUCCACAGGCCCAACUUGAUGAAAAUGAAAGGAAAGCCCGAGUUAAUGCUGUAUGGGAACAACUAAAUAAGGGUGUAUCAAUUAAGAAUCUUCAGUUAUUUACAAAGCAGCCUGCUUCAACUAUUAAAAAUAUGGAGCAAAAGAGUUCCCAUAGCUGGAUGACUGCUCUUGGACCGAUACCCAAGAUGACUGGAUCACCUGGGCAAGAUUCUCCACAGAAGAGACCUACUGUUUCACAAAAUUGUACUAGCGAGGAGGCCAAGAAACUUGCUGCUGCUGCCAAUGCUGCCAUGGACAGAGGGAAGAUAGAGAUCAAGGAGGUCCGAGACUUUGCUGGUCAGGAAAUUGAAGUGAAGAAGUUUAUUGAUGCUGACUCAAAGGAGGCAGCUGAAAAAGCCGAAGCUUCAGCUGGACCAGUCUCUGCUGUUGAUGCUGUUCUUGAACAGAUCAAGAAGAAACCGAAACUCACCGUUCUUGACAAGACGAAAAAGGACUGGGGAGAGUUCAAGGAAGAGAACAAGGGGUUGGAAGAGGAGUUGGAUGCCUACAAGAAGAGUUCAAAUCAAUAUCUGGCUAGUAAUUUCUGGUUCUGA